AUGGCGACCCGCAUCCAGUUCGAAAACAGCAGCGAUAUCGGAGUCUUCUCCAAGCUUACAAACACCUACUGCCUCUGUGCGAUUCAGGGCAGCACAAACUUCUAUUCCGCGUUCGAGAGCGAACUUGGAGAUGUCGUUCCGAUCGUGCACACGAGUAUCGGGGGCACGCGGAUUAUCGGGCGACUAACAGCGGGAAACCGCCACGGGCUGCUAGUGCCGUCCACCACCACCGACCAGGAGCUUCAGCACCUCCGGAACUCACUCCCUGACGCCGUCGCGAUCCAGCGCGUAGAGGAGAGGCUAUCGGCACUCGGCAACGUCAUUGCGUGCAAUGACUACGUUGCUCUCGUCCACCCCGAUAUCGACCGGGAGACGGAAGAGAUCAUCGCCGAUGUCCUCAAGGUUGAGGUUUUCCGACAAACGAUCGCCGACAAUGUGCUCGUCGGAAGCUACGCCGUGAUCUCGAAUCAGGGCGGUAUCGUCCAUCCAAAGACGAGCAUACAAGAUCAAGAUGAACUGAGUUCCCUUCUUCAAGUUCCGCUCGUGGCUGGAACCGUCAACCGCGGAUCCGACGUGCUGGGCGCGGGCCUCGUGGUGAAUGAUUGGUGUGCGUUUACGGGUUUGGAUACGACGGCGACAGAGAUUAGCGUCAUCGAGGCUGCGUUCAAGCUUCAGGGCCAAAACUCCGCCGCGGUCAUCGGGGAGAUGCGCGACUCGCUCAUCGACAGCUGGGCAUGA